UCAUUUUCGCAUGGCGGACGUGCAAGUGGUUUCUGUUUUGUUGGUGAUAAAAUAAAUUCAAUAAAUAACUCAUUGUGGUCCCUUAUGGAAAGACUAACUCUCAUGCUGCUAUUUCUUUGUGGUCGUGCAUUAUUCAUUCCUUAACGUUAGAUUAUGUCCAUGUGUCGUUUAUAGUUGCAUUUUGUGAGAACUGCAUAGUUUUUCUCAAAAAUGGGAAAAUGUGAUGAAGCUAAUGUCGAAGUUAGUAUGGGGGACUCGGCGUCCCCCAUGAAACCUGAUAAUUUUACAUUUACUGUGCCCCCGGAGGCUCCAGUGUUCGAGCCAACGCCAGAAGAGUUCCUGGACCCACUGGCGUACAUCAGCAAAAUAAGACCCAUCGCUGAAAAGUCUGGAAUCUGCAAGAUAAAACCACCAGCGCACUGGCAACCCCCAUUUGCUGUGGACGUGGACCGGCUCCGCUUCACACCUCGGAUACAGAGGCUAAAUGAGUUGGAGGCCAUAACCCGGGUGAAACUCAAUUUCCUAGACCAGAUCAUUAAAUUCUGGGAGCUUCAGGGCUCCGUGCUGAAGAUCCCCACUGUGGAACGGAAGCCCUUGGAUUUGUAUGCCCUUCACAAGAUUGUCAGGGAAGCGGGUGGUUUCGAACUAUGCUCGGCGGAGCGCAAAUGGUCGAAGAUCGCGCGCCGCAUGGGCCACCCCCACGGGAAGGGCAUAGGUUCGAUUCUCAAGAACCACUACGAAAGGAUCCUGUACCCGUAUGAUGUGUUUAAGAGCAAUGGCGCCAUUGGCGAUAAUAAGGAGACGAAAAUCGAAGUGAAAGGCGAGCAAACCCCAGAGAAGAACAACACUGCUACACGCAGUCGCUCAGCCACCAAGUGUCCCCCCGCGGCCGCCACCCCUCCCCCCGCGCGCCGCUACAAGACCUCCGACCCGGAACCCACGGCAGAGGGGAGUCACACUGAGGGGGCGCUGGCUGGCGCUGAUGAUGAGAAGAAGGUGAAAUCGCCAGUCAAGUCGCCGGUCAAGGAGGAGGGGAAGAAAUCACCGGUGAAGGAAGAGAGUCCUGAGACUAGGAGGAGUCCCCGCGAGAAUAAAUGGAUGUCGGCGGCGGGCAGCUGCGGCGCGGGGUCCCGGGUUCGGGUCCCGCGCUCCACUCGCCUGCGGGAGCACCGCAUGUCCAACAUGACGGUGUCGGUAACGCCCGCACCCCCGCACGAACACACGCUGACCAACCCCGACGAUCCGCUGGCAAAAUACAUGUGCCACGUAUGCGGACGCGGCGACAUAGAGGAGCAGAUGCUACUCUGUGACGGCUGCGACGACUCCUACCACACGUUCUGUUUGGUGCCGCCGCUCGCUGACGUGCCCAAGGGAGAUUGGCGGUGUCCUGUGUGCUUGGCUGAAGAGGUGUCAAAGCCAGCCGAAGCGUUCGGCUUCGAGCAGGCGUCGAGGGAGUACACGCUGCAACAGUUCGGGGAAAUGGCCGACCAAUUCAAGUCCGAUUACUUCAACAUGCCAGUGCAUAUGGUGCCGACGUCGACAGUGGAGAAGGAGUUCUGGCGCGUCGUGUCUUCCAUCGACGAGGACGUCACAGUGGAGUACGGCGCUGACCUUCACUCCAUGGACCAUGGAUCCGGGUUCCCCACGAAGUCCAGCGCGCACCUGUACCCCGGGGAACAGCAGUACGCGGAGUGCGGCUGGAACCUCAACAACCUGCCCGUGCUCGAGGGCUCCGUGCUCGGCCACAUCAACGCCGACAUCUCUGGCAUGAAGAUUCCCUGGCUGUACGUCGGGAUGUGCUUCGCUACGUUCUGCUGGCACAACGAGGACCACUGGAGCUACUCCAUCAACUACCUCCAUUGGGGGGAACCCAAGACAUGGUACGGCGUCCCCAGCUCAAAAGCGGAGCAGUUCGAAGCGGCCAUGAAGGCGGAAGCUCCCGAACUAUUCCAGUUACAACCGGACCUGCUCCAUCAGCUGGUCACCAUCAUGAACCCCAAUGUGCUGAUGAAGGCUGGAGUCCCUGUUUAUAGGACGGACCAACACGCAGGGGAAUUCGUGAUCACCUUCCCGCGCGCGUACCACGCGGGCUUCAACCAGGGGUACAACUUCGCUGAGGCCGUCAACUUCACCCCCGCCGACUGGCUAAAAAUGGGUCGCGAAUGCAUCGCGCACUACUCCACGCUGCGCCGCUACUGCGUGUUCUCGCACGACGAGCUGGUCUGCAAGAUGGCGCUGGAGGCCGACAGCCUCAGCGUCUGCGUGGCCUUGGCCGCGUACAGGGACAUGCGCACCAUGCUGCACGACGAGAGGAAGCUGAGGAAGUCUCUCUUGGACUGGGGCGUGACGGAAGCGGAGCGCGAAGCGUUCGAGCUGCUGCCGGACGACGAGCGGCAGUGCCACCUGUGCAAGACCACGUGCUUCCUGUCGUGCGUGACGUGCGCGUGCUCAGCGCACGUGGCCUGUCUGCGGCACCACGCGCAGCUGUGCGCCUGCGCGCCCGCCGCACGGAAACUUCGAUACCGCUACACGCUGGACGAGCUGCCGGCGAUGCUGGAGAAGCUGCGCAGCAAGUCUGAGCAGUUCCGCGCGUGGGCGGAGAGCGUGCAGAACGCGCUGGACCCGCUCACGGCCAAGUGCUGCGACCUCGACGGGCUGCGGGCCUUCCUUCGUCGCGCCGCUGAUCUCAAGAUGCCAAAAACGGAGCUCGUUCGCGCGCUUGAAACGGCCAUAGAGGACGCAGAAAAAUGCGCUUCAGUGAUCGCUCAACUGGACCUCAACAAGAUGAGGACCAGGACUCGACACCACGACCCCAAGUACCGGCUGACGCUACACGAGCUCACUCUGUUCGCGGCUGAGAUAGACGGCCUGGCGUGUGUGCUGCCUGAAGGGUCAGCAGUAAAAGAGGUCCUCCGACAAACAUCAGAGUUUGAGAUGCGAGCGACAGAGCUGCUCAAUCAGGAUUUGGAUAAAUUCGAGCCCUCCUACCUUAGGGAACUCGAGGAGGUGGUAGAAUUGGGGUCGCAGCUGUGCAUCGUCCUGCCGCAGCUGCCGCCGCUGCAGGCUCGGCUGCAGCAGGUCAAGUUCAUCGAGGACGUCAGGACAUACCGCGCCGACUGCGCGACCUUGACCCCUGAGGUCAUCGACAAACUCUUACAGGACGCCGCCAAUGUGGUACCAGACCACAGGGUGGAAAUGGAGAGGGCAUUAUUAUUUAAACUAAAGGGUGAAGUGGAGGAUUGGGAAAGUCGCGCCCGCGCGGUGCUGAUCGACACGAGCAAGCCCCGCGACCCGGAGUCGCAGUACACGACGCUGGCGGAGCUGCGGCGGCUGCUGGCGGCGGCCGAUGACGUCGACGCUGCGCUGCCCUCGCACCACGCGCUGCAGCUGGCCGCCGCGCACGCCACUGACUGGUUGGCUAAGGUGGAAGAAAUGCAAUCAAAAGACUUAUACCCCUACAUGCACAGCGUGGAAGCGCUAGUUCGUCGAGCGCAGCAGAUUCCUCUGUUGCUGUAUGAGAAGGACCAGCUGGCUGCUGCGUUGCUGUCGGCCAAGGACUGGAAGAGGGGCGCUGCGGAAAUGUUCCUUAAAAAGAACUGGCCGUACUCCCUGCUGGAGGCGCUGUCGCCGCGCACGGCGCCGUGCGCAGGCGCAGGCGCUGCGGCGCGCGGACGCCGGGGGCGGGCGGGGGCUGGGGCGGGGGCGGGGGCGGCGGCGGGGGCGGGCGCGGGGUCGCCGCCGCCGUCGUCGCUGGAGGCGGGGCUAUUCCUGAGGAACUUCAGCGAGGACUCCACGCCCACAGAGAUCGUGGCCGCCUUCAAGCAGGCCGAGCACAGGGAGUUGGCCGCUAUCAAGGAGCUCAGAGCACGCAACAUGCGCAAGGAAGUUAGGGCUCCGCCCGCGGCCGGCGUCACCUUCUGCAUGUGCCAGAAGCGGCAGUACGGGGUGAUGACGCAGUGUGAACUCUGCAAGGACUGGUUCCAUUCAAGUUGCGUAACGGCCGCGAACGCCGGCGAAGAAAGGGAAUCUUCACCUGAACGCACGGAGCUGCCCUUCUCAGCCGAACCCAAGUUCCUGUGCCCGGACUGCGUGAGGACCAAACGGCCGAGGCUGGAUCGCAUACUGGCUUUGUUGGUGUGGCUGCAGAAGCUGCCGGUGCGGCUGGCGGAGGGCGAGGCGCUGCAGUGCGUGACGGAGCGCGCGAUGGCCUGGCAGGACGCGGCGCGGGCGCAGCUGGCCGGCUGGCUGCCGUCGCCGCCGCCGCCGCCGCCGCCGCAUGCGCAGACGAAUCGAGAGAAAGCAGACAAACUGAACGCAGAACUGAAGAAGGCGACGGGGCGAGCGCACGAAGCACACAAUACGUCACAAAAUUCUAGCAGGUCGUCGGCGAGCGUGGAGCACGCGUACAGCGCCUCGCCGCGGCCGCGGUCGCCGGGCGCGCGCGUGCCCGGCGGCUUGCUGCACAAGCUGGAGGAUCUCAUGCUGGAAGGAGAUUUACUCGAGGUCCGAUUAGAGGAGCAGUCGCAGAUCUGGUCGGCGGUGUGGGCGGCGCGCGCGGCCGAGGGUCGCCGCGCCGGCCGCGUGCUGGACGCGGGGCGCCGCAAGCGGCCGCAGCGGCAGCCGCACCAGCAGCACCCGCUCAAGAGGAGCCGGGGGCUCCACGCCGCAGCCGUUCCCAAGACAACGUUAAAACGAGGCUCUGCCACCACCACAAAUUAUUUAAAUAGGAAACAGGGAGCGUCGUCGGGGUCGGGGCUGAUGAUGCGCAAGCACUACAUGGCGCGCCAGGAGCGGCGCAAGCGCACGCUCGCCAGGAGCGGGCGGCAAGCCAGGCGCGGUCAGCGGUCGGCGGCGACGUCGGCGACGUCGUCCGCGUCAGCCUCGGGAACGCGGCGCGGCGUCAGCGCGCGGCGCAGCAGCUCGUCGUCGCAGUCGUCCGCUGACGAUGAUGAGGACUGCGCGGCCGCUGACUGUCUCAGGCCCACUGGCAAGGAAGUGGACUGGGUGCAGUGCGACGGCGGCUGCGACCAGUGGUUCCACAUGCACUGCGUGGGGCUCUCCCGCGCUGCGCUGCGCGACGACGACGAGUACGUCUGCGGCGCCUGCGCAGGCCGCAGGAACAACGACCAAUAAGAUAUCACAAGAUUCAACGCACGAGUGGAACAGUGAAAGUUAUUGUGAAACUUUUUGUGAGUUUACAGUGUUAUGUGCUGGCGAAAAGCGAAAGUUAUAUACGAGGAGUAACAGAGUAUGUAAGUGUCAAUGUUACUGCAUCUUUGUGGCAUAAUUCAAGUGAGAUAUUCCCGGGAAGACGGAUAGUUGAACUGUUUAAUGCACCAUUUACAAAAUAAACAAUGUGUUUAAACAUUAAAUGAGCGCAAGGGCAAUUUCUUCCAGCCUCCUUUGGGUGGAAAGAGAAAGAAUGAACCAUGAGAGUGCAGUACACUUGAUAGUAUAUGAUUGUAACAGCUUGUGAAUAUUGGAAUAAUAACUAUUCAUGUUAUUAACAAAAAUCUAAAGUACAUAGUACGGGAAUUCACUGCACCUUCAAAACUCGAAUUAAAAUUAAAUAAUAAUGUUCUAAAAUGUAUCAAAUGACUAAAUUCCAUGAACGCACGAUUUCGACCAAAAUGGUCUAUAGAAUUGACCAUUACAAAUUUAUACCAAUAUCAAGACUUCGCUAGAUAGACUAGCUUGCUGGUGUGUAUGCAUUUCCAUUGUUACAUCAGCUGAAAAUAAACGGGACAACACUCAAAGGCCCCCACUAAAAGUUGUGGAUCAAAUGAACAGAGACAAGCAUAUCUCAUCAAGAACCGCAUACAAAUAUUUGUGGAAACAGAUAAUUUUAUUUGCCUGCACUGAGACAGGAAAACUAAGCACGAGUAUUUGAUAACGUGGGAAAGACACAAGGCUUGAAAUCGCCAUUCGUGAUUCACAAUCUGCUAAACGAGCUUGUUAGUAACACACAGCAAAAUAAUAUAUCAGAUUUAUUAGAAUUAAUUCCAUACUUGUUUCAUUGUUACUUAACAAUAGAUCGACAGUAGUCAGAAAUAUAUUUGAUGUUGUAGAUAUUGUCUACCGAGUGGUUGAAAUUACAGUUAGAUGUAAAACAGCACUUACAUAAUGGUUAUGUAACGUUUGUUGUCUUUAUCAAAGUUAUAUUAGCAAAACAUCUCUCUGGUUAGAUAUUUGUCCGCGUAUUUUUUUAUUUGCAAAAUGAAAUCGUUAAUAAAAGUACAUAGAUAUCACACAUAUAAAGAGCAGCGAUCUUUUAACCAUUUAAUCAGAUAUGCGCUGCGGAAGUUAUUUCCAAAAUACACUACAAAAAGUAACUUAUUGAAAUUAGUCUUUGUUACACUUUGUCAAAGUUUGUUGGAAAAAAAAAGAGACAAAAUAGGUCAUAAAACGUUUUAUAACCACUAUGUCGACUAUGUGCGCCCUAAGGACCCUAGAGGAAGAUAUUUCUACCGCUCGGUCACAAUAAAUAUGUGUACGUUACCCGCCCCCAAAAGUUAAGAACGUGUCAAGUAGUUUUGUAUGACCUUGACUUUUAACAGAUACAGUAUCACGUCACUUUAACGCUCGGCUCUGUCUACCCCGUGUGGGGUACAACACUCUAACUCCUUUUGAUAAUUAUAAAUUUUUACUGAUGUUGUAUUGGUUGGAUAUUUAUUGACACCUAGUGGAUUUGCAUUUUUUUAGUUUGAAUGAACCGCCUCAGAUCUUUUGCUUCCUGUCGUCAAAUGCAUUCAAAUAAAUAAUUUUAAUAAAAUACUGAGUCCAGCGUUAGGGGUAGGGUAGUUUGGUCAGGGUCCAACACAUUUCAAGCCAAAUCAGUUUUGGUCAUAGUUAUAAUCUCUUUGUCAAUUUCCCAAUAAGUAUACAUUUUACGUAUGAGAAUGUCAUCGAAAAGAGCUCUGCUUUUAAAUUAAAAGAAUAAGGUUUUUCGUGUGCAUUAGGCAGCAAGCUCUCUUGACACGUUCGCAAUCUCAUCCCCUAAAUCAUAGCUAUUUGUUGUUGAAAUUAAUGUACUUGUUUACUUCUGUACUGUAGGAGGUUGGAAGGCCAUUUUGGAGAUUUACCGUAUAGUACGUGCCAAAUGAAGUGUCAAUAAGGACAUUGACCUAUUCAUUGUCAUUAGAGUUUUUUUUUUUAAUUCAGGAUUUGUACUCACGGUCUUAAGGACUGGGUAAAUUCUUAUCAAUUAAACCACAUUUUUAAAGUUACUUUAAUGAAACAUGACAUGGAUGGCGGCUGUCGCCAGUGAAUUCGCCGCAAAAUUUUGACGUUUGAGUUUUGCUCAUGUCCCGCGCACGUGCUCAUAACACAAAUGUCAACAUUUGUUCGAAAACAACGCCUGUUUCGCAACACCAACGCCCCUAGCGGCGAAAUAAGGUGAUAUUUGUUGAUUGCCUAAAAAAUACUAAAAUGCCUAUAAGUAAUACGCGGCUCGUCUCAUAUUUUCAUUGCGUGUAUUAAUAAUAAAAUAUACUAAAUAAAUAUAAUAAAAAAAUUUAAAGGUCAAACUCCGUUAUUAACUGCAUUUGGCAAUACCACCAUAGCAGCGUAAGCGAAAUUUUUGUACGGAUAGAAUCGGCGGUUAAUAUCAGAAAGAGAAUUUGUAAAUAUUUUUUUAAUAAAAAGAGAUAAAUUUAAAAUAUUCGGAAGUGGUAGUGUAAGCGUUUGACGAAGCUCCAUUUGUCUACUGUCACUUGUGAUUGAGCACUGAGUUGCGAUGUAAGACUAUUAUUUAUUAGAUUUUUUUUAUAUAAUUCACUUGACUGUAAUUUACGCUGCGUUCGCAUUUACUAGAAAUUGAUUUACAGUUUUUUUUAAAUUAUCAUGUUACAAAAUACAAGUCCCAAAGAUAAAUGUUACAUAACUAUAAUACUCACGUGUUAUUAGUUUUUCUUUGUUUUUUUGUAGUCUUAUUAUUACGUUUUCGUAAAAAAUAGAUUAACCAAAUAAAAAUAGAUUGUUUCGUAUUGUAAUUUAUCUCAAUUAAUCAUUGGAAUUCAAUUUCGUAGGAAAUGCAAACGCAGUCGAACGCUUUGUAGAAAACUUGUAUAACUAAUUUCUGUCGUUAAAUUUCUAAUGCCGCAGAGGUUUUUGUAUUGAACUGUAAAUAUUACUGUAGCUGAUGUACAUUUGGGGGUUCACUCGUCUUCGUUAGUCUUUGGUGAGAUUUACCAUUCAAAACGUGUGGCUAACUUGGCGUAAGCUGAGGGUAUGGUCAAACCAAUCAGUAAUGAUGCUGUAUGUGACGUCAAAAUAGUUUUAUGACGCAUGGUCUGGUCAAGUUCCCGCUAUCUUCUGAGUAAUGAAUGGAGUAGAAUUGUGAUAACAUGUCAUUGUACUUCUUUCCGCCUGCUUUUGAAACGUACUUUAGAAUCGCGUGAAUGAAAUCACUUGCAUGUUCGUCUUGAGGUGCAUUUACACCAAACUAACUAAUGGCGGACCUAACCAAUGGCUGCCCCGCGCGGUCACAGACUGUCCAGCCAUUGGUUGCACAGCCAGGGUGACCAUAGAGAUAGAAUUACCAUUUACACAUAAUAAAGGCGGUUGUCUUUAUACAACGGACUGGUUUGACCGUACCUUAACUCAAAAUGUAUGUGUAUGAAUCGGACAUUGAUAAGAUAAUUUAUAGACACGACGCCUUGGAACUGAUUUAGAUGAUAAUUACAUACAGCGCAUAUCGACGCAUGUUGACGUGUCUAAAACUUAUGCUAUCAAUGCCAUCAGUCUUAUUUCUCAAUAAAUCGUUUUAUUAAUGGACAAAUACAUUUGAGAUAAUGAAAUAAAGACGCGAUAUACAUCUAUCGGUUUAGAGCGGUUGUAAUCAUGAUUUUUUUUAAAUGUUAUGUUGUAAGUGAUCUAAAUUAUACGACGUUGAAAAAUGGGCCUUAUUGCGGGAGAUUAAAGUAGCAUCUCGAUUUGUUAAUUUUUUUUACGUAUUCGGAGCGCUAUGACAAAGUUUGUAAGCAAAAUUAAAGUACCUGUUUCGUCAUAUUCUGAAAAUAUUAUUAUACGAAUUAGAACAAUUAUUGUCUAAUAAAAUAUAUGAAAUAUAUUAAAUGUUAUAUCGUAACAGAAAAUGACCGAACAGGUUAGCAAUAUAGCUUAAGCCAUUGCGAUGUAGUCCAAUUUUUGAUUGUUUUUUUUUUAGUUCUAGACAUUUAAAAACGGUCGGUUGCGGAUGUGUAACCUUAUAUUUAUGAACAGUGAGUUCCUCUCGUUCAUUAAGUUUAUGGGGCUGGCGUUAUGUAUAAACAUUACAUAUCGUAUUAAAUACCCAAUAAUAAACACAGGAUGUAAUAACAAAACACAUCAUCAUUCAUUACUGCACAUGAAAGAUAAUUAUGAGAUAUACUGAGCUGGGGGGUUACCACCAUCUCUUAACGCGAUUCACUUUACGACCUAAACUGAUCUGCAUCGCAAAUUCAUACUAUCAUCGACUUAAUUUUUUGUAUGAAUGCGAUUCAUUUUAGGUUCCUAAAUUGAACUGAGUUGCAUUGGAAUCGUUCUGUAAAAGUUGAUGGUAAGCCUGCUGAGCUAAACUGAGAGUAUGGAAGUUGACCAAAUGACUAAAAGGAUUGGCAAUUUUCGGCAUGUGUGAAAGUAAAUGUGGCAUUUUAUUAAUUUUCAGAGUAAUUUUAUAAGAGAAAAAAUUUUUAAUGUUAAGAUUUUUGAACUGCCGUACAUGUCAUAUUAUUCUACGAAAGAAUAUUAACGUUUUAUAUCGAAAAUCAUUAGGGUAAAAAUUUAUAAAAUCGAUUGAUUAAUAUUCGAAAAUUUAAAAUCUAAAAGCUUGUAUGAAAGGUACACGCCGCGUCGCCCGUUUUACAAAAUGGCUGUAUAAAAUUGUUAGUUUCGCCUUUUUAAUAAAAUAAUGAUCUCUCGACGAGACGACAUCACACGCUUGGGACACCCCGAAACAGCAUUAAAAAACAAAAAGUAUAUUUUUGAUUAAAGAUGCACAGAUAAGUUAUAUUCAGCGAUAAUGACAACGGGAGAAUCUACGAUUUUGCAUGCAUUCUUUUAUGAGUAAACAAUAGCAUUAGACAUGUUUGUUACUACGAAGAAGUUAAUAUUUAUGUACUUCGUAAUUGUAUGUAUGUUGUUUUCGUGUAUGUGCGCUAUCUUGUAUCAUAAAUUUUAUAUUUUCAACUUUCGGGUGAGCUGGAAAUUCAUAUUAUUAUUUUUGAAUAUUAUUUUCAAAAACUUAUUUUCUAUAUUUUAAAUCUGUCAUCGUAAUGGGGUUUUCCAAGCUGAUCUGAAGUUUUUACGGUCGGAGUGUGUAUGAAUUUGUUGUACAUAAGUUAGGCUAAGUGUGUCCCCGACCUCCCAACCGUGCGGCCGCUCUCGGUGUGUCCUACGGUUGGGCGGUCGGCCUGUAUCGUGUACCAAAUAAUAUAGAACAUUAUAGAAAA